GAGAGACAGGCUAGGCAGGACAUAGGAAAGGGGCUGGGGGAGCAAGUUUCCCCUGAUCAGCGUAGAUGACAAUAAAUCAGGGUGAGGGGAGUGUGGGGGACUGAGAACCAGCUGCAUGACUUCGGAAGAGAGAGCAGAAUCUCUGGGAAACACAGGGGAAAUUAGGGUCGGGGAAUCCCAUACCCUGAGUCGUGAUUUCUUCUUAGACAUUAGGCCCAAAUUGGGUCACAUGGACAGGAAUCAACUGUCCCCUUAUCCCAUCCCUUAUCCCAAACACUGCUCCACUUCCACCAUCACUGGCCCCUUUGUCCCAGGAGUCUCUGGUCCCUCCCACCACCCUCUUGCCCUCUCCCCCUUCAUUCCCACAACAGUUCUUUAUCCCCGUCUCUGAACAGGGCCCAGAGACCCUCAGUCCCUGGCCUCCCACAGCUCUGCACCCCAGAAUCCCCGAUGGGGAGGGGUAGGCAUACCUGAGCAGGUUACAAUGGUGGGGGUGGGGGUGGAGGCAGGAUUUCUAGGCCGUUGCCACGGUGAUGCCACCUGAGCUGGGCACCAGGCACCUGUUGCCUGGGAAACAAGGCAGGCGGGGCCCCUCCCCUGAGAGAUGCCAGAGCCGUUGAGCUGAGACUGAGGUGGAUCAGGUUCCCCAGGUCCCAGGAGUGGGGGAGAAGAGGCAAGGAGAGGUAGGAGAGCUGGGGCCAAAGAAGAGGGGGAGCUAUCCAGGGCUAGGAGAGAAUGACCCCUGCCUGUGAGGGCAGAGGUAGGGGAGAAGGAAGAGGGGAAGGGGUGGGGCAGGCAAAAGCAAUUCAAGAUAGACAACAAGGGGACUGGCUGCCCCUAGUCUUCCCCACCCUGAUAGAGGUUCCCAGACUGAGCCCAUUCUCCCAGUCUCCCUGUGUUUCUGCAAUCCCCUCCUUGUUAUUUCUCACACUCUCCUCCCUCCCUUUCACUGAAUCCCUGGGUGGAUGACCCCAGAGCCCACACACACCCGCCCCAUUAGCACCCCCCCCCAUGCACCAACUCAGCUCCGCCCAGCCUCCUCCCGGUUGCUUAGUUUCCCCCAAUCACAAUCUCCUUCCCCUCCCUACUCUCCACUCCGCCCUUAGCCCUGCCCCUAUAACAGCCCCCCUGCCCCUGCCCCUCCAGCUCCAGAUUCCUGAAGUGACACCCAGGGAAGAGAGCUGCCGGGCAGCGGGCAGCGGUCUGUGCCCACUGCUGUUCAGGAGGCAGACAGAAGAGGGACGUGUCCGGUCUAGGAGAAAACUAGAAAAACAGAGGGUCGUGAGAGGAAAGAGAGGCCAAGUCAGGUGGCUGAGACCAAACUCGGAGGCUGAGACUGAACACCAAGGCUUGGCGGACCCUCGAAGACUGAGACAGGACCAGAGACAUUUUAUCAGCACCAAGUCCUUUUGUGAGUGACCAGAACCCUCCGGAGUGGGCAGAAGGGUCCAGGAGGGACUAAGAGGGACCACCCAGCAGCCUAGAAGGUCUGAGCAGAAGAGGUGGGAAUAGACGCGAGGUGGAAGAAGGAGCAGGCAUAGCAAGGGCACAGAGGACUUGGGGUGAAGAAGAACUUUCAGGGGGCGGGCAGAGAAGAGCCCUUUGCUUGGCACUGUGUACUGAGAACCACCACCCAAGCCUCACUUCUCCUUCCCUACUCCGUCCUCCUCUUUUGAGACUUGUCUGAGACUCGUUUGAGUGAGGAGACCACCACUUCCUCUUGAACGGAAUGGCUUCGACGGGGCUGGAACUGCUGGGUAUGUCCUUGGCGGUGCUGGGCUGGUUAGGAACUCUGGUGUCUUGUGCCCUGCCCCUGUGGAAGGUGACGGCCUUCAUCGGCAACAGCAUCGUGGUGGCCCAGGUGGUGUGGGAAGGGCUGUGGAUGUCCUGCGUGGUCCAGAGCACGGGCCAGAUGCAGUGUAAGGUCUACGACUCCCUCUUGGCCCUGCCCCAGGACCUGCAGGCCGCCCGGGCCCUCUCUAUCAUUGCCCUGCUGCUGGCACUCUUGGGCUUACUGGUGGCCAUCACUGGGGCCCAGUGCACCACCUGCGUGGAAGAUGAAGGGGCGAAGGCCCGGAUCGUUCUGACCUCUGGGAUCAUAUUCGUGCUUUCGGGGCUGCUGGUCCUGAUCCCGGUGUGCUGGACGGCCCACGCCAUCAUCCAGGAUUUCUACAAUCCCCUGGUGGCGGAGGCGCUGAAGCGGGAGCUGGGGGCGUCGCUCUACCUGGGCUGGGCGGCCGCGGCUCUGCUGCUGCUGGGCGGUGGUCUGCUCUGCUGCUCCUGCCCCCCGCCACAGGCCGACCGGCCCGAGGCGCCUCGCCUGGGCUACGCUGCCCCCUCCCGCUCUGGGGCCUCGGGCCUGGACAAAAGGGACUAUGUGUGAGUGGCCAUCACUCCCACGGGCCCUUGAGCAUAGUAGUAACUCUAUUCCACCCCGACCCUAACCCCAGUCCUGUGGCAAAGCUGAUUUUAUGAGCAACUGGAACGCCAACCCCUAGUGGUUGCCUUUUCCCUAACAGGUAUCCGAAAUCUGAAGGUUUGCUCUGGCCCAACCCAAAUCCCAACCCCAACCCCUAUCCUAAUCCAGCCCCAACCUUAACCUUAUCCCUAAAGUCACUCUGCCUCCCCCCCACCUCUCCUGUAGUAUUACUGACCAAUGUCCCAGCUGAACCCUAAUUUUAAAUCUAAUCUUACCUGUAACUUCCAGAUAAAUUGGCCCCUUGGCCCUAAUCCUAUUCCUGUCCUCCAGUCUGACAGAAGCCCAGAAACGUGACUUGAACAGUAACCCCAGCUUCAGUCUGAGUCUUAACCCAUGACCAACUCCAAAUCAAUCCUUAACUCUCUCCUAGCUUCCACUUCAACCCCUCCAUCCCACCCCAUAAGCAUGCAACUAUUCUCCCUUCUUACUCCCUGGCCCCUCUUCAGGGUUGGAAAGGGAGUGGAAAAACUGGAAAGAAGCUUCCGACGGUUCUCAAUUCCUUCGUCCUCAUCCCUCUGGCCCUUUCGACGGGGAGGCCCUUGCCCCUCUGCCCUAUUUAUCAAUGAAGCUUCUCCUUUCCUGGGGUGGGACACUGGCUCUCUCCCCUUAGAACCCAACCUGCUUUCAGUGCUCCUUCUCCCCACCCUGGGGCUGGGGAAGCCUCUUCCCCGGUUUCUCUCUAUGUUAUUCCUUUCAGGCAGCUCCCUCCCCAGCCAUUACAAUCAGGACUCACUAGGCAUUUCUAUUAUUUCAGUCUCAUGGGGCCAAAUAUUCCGAUUCCCCCUGAAUCUGGACUGGGGUUCGCCUAGGUGGUCCACAGACCCUGGAGCUCCACCUCAGCUUUGGGCUGGGCUGAAUGACCCCAGCCUGCAGCAGACCCUGGUAUAGCCCACUGGCUUUCUGGGGGAGCCCCCCGUGACCCUCCUGACCCCCCAACCCCAGCCUGAUACUGAGAGGCAAAUGGUUUUAUUAAUUCAGUCCUUCCACCUCCCCGUACCACGACUUGCCUCAGGUCCAGCACUCCCUAGUCUGAUCUCCGUCCGACACUGAGGCCCAAAUAUCUCUUUCCCUUUGCUCCUGGACUUCUUUCAGCUCUUACUCCAGAUGCCAGUGUUCUGCUCCUCUUCUACCCACACAUGUGAGAUGAGAAUAAAAGGAAAGUGUGUUUUUAACUUGA